AUGGACACACGGGUAGAUCAUUAUAAGGUUCUGGGUCUACCGUCUGGGGAGGAAGGCACUAAGCUCACACGGAUAGAGAUUUCAAAGGCAUAUAGAGCAAAGGCUUUGGAUUUGCACCCAGAUAAGAGGCCAGACGAUCCCCAUGCCAAUGCAAACUUCCAAAGGCUCAAGUCAUCAUAUGAAAUACUCAAGGAUCGAAAUGCCCGGAAACUGUUUGAUGCAAGUCUAAGAGCCAAGAGGGAAGAACUGCAUCAUCAGAAUCGCCUGCAUGAGCAACACAACAAUGCCGCCAAGCAAGGAAGGAUGUUUUCCGGUGAUGGCAGACAUUGUCACGCAAAGCUAGCUUCUGAUCUCCAAGCGAGGGCCAGAGAACGGAGAUGGGCUCCCACAUGGAGAGAAGCAAGAGGAAGACGAGCUGCUGUCAAUGGUCCUAGAGAAGAGUUGUUUGGUGAUUUGGAAGGAAUACUAAAGAGAGUGCAGCAGCAGCAGUAUCACGGCCAGUGGCAAUGCGAUGCAAAGCCAAAGAGGUGUUCUUUCGAGCCAGAGAGAUAUUCUUCGAUCUCAAAGAAAGAGAAUGAGGAGAUGCUAAGAGGACAAUAUCAUCUCAAGCUGCUUCUGAUUCUGUUGUUCUUCUUUGCUUUAUGGUCUAUGGUCUAG